AAAGGAGAAAGGUAAUACGAUAGUAUUGAACAUUUGAACAUAUACCCAAACGGACCUGCAAUUUAAAUAAAUAAAUAGCCGCAAGGUGCUAGGUUUUGGGAAUCGCUGGGAGACAGCAAUACGAGCGCAGAAAGAGGGCCUCAAUCUAGGCGCUUUAUCUCUCUUCGUUUUCCCUUCUAUCGCUAGGGUUUUUUUUGUUCCUCUCCUCAUUCCUUCUUCAGCCAUGAGCGACGCCAAAGACGCCCUCGAUAUGUCCGAUCUCCGUGCUGCUUUGAAUUCAGAUGAUAGAGCUGAUCUUGUCAGUGCUCUCAAAAAUAAGCUUCAGGAUCUUACUGGGAAACACUCGGUUGUGCUUGAGAACUUGUCUCCAAUUGUAAGAAAGCGUGUUGAUGUCCUCAGAGAGGUUCAGGCUCAACAUGAUGAGCUGGAAGCAAAAUUCAAUGAAGAGAGGGCAGCACUGGAAGCUAAGUACCAGAAACUUUAUCAACCACUAUAUUCAAAGAGAUAUGAAAUUGUAAAUGGAGUUGUUGAUGUAGAAGGGAAUGAAUCAGAAACUCCUGCAGAUGGAGGAAAUGGAGUCCCUGAUUUCUGGCUUACUGCUAUGAAGAAUAAUGAAGUGUUGUGUGAAGAGAUCACAGAACGUGAUGAAGGCGCUCUUAAAUAUCUAAGAGACAUCAAGUGGUCCAGAGUUGACGAACCUAAGGGAUUUAAGCUUGAAUUUUGCUUUGACACCAACCCAUUUUUUAAGAAUUCUGUUUUGACGAAAGUGUAUCACAUGAUCGACGAAGAUGAACCAAUUCUAGAGAAAGCGAUUGGGACUGAGAUAGAAUGGUAUCCUGGAAAGUCCUUGACACAGAAAAUACUGAAGAAGAAGCCCAAGAAGGGAUCUAAGAAUGCUAAACCUAUCACUAAAACUGAAAAGUGUGACAGUUUCUUCAACUUCUUUAGUCCGCCUCAAGUUCCAGAGGAUGAAGAUGACAUUGACGAAGAUGCUGCCGAGGAGCUCCAAAAUUUGAUGGAGCAGGACUAUGAAAUUGGGUCAACAAUUCGAGACAAAAUCAUUCCACAUGCUGUGUCUUGGUUCACAGGUGAGGCUGUUCAGGAAGAGUUUGAAAUAGAUGAUGAAGAUGAUGAGGAAGAUGAAGACGAUGAGGAAGAUGAAGAUGAUGAGGAAGAUGAUGAAGACGAUGAUGAAGAGGAGGAUGAAGAUGCCAAGCCCAAGAAGAAGUCUCCUGCUACACACAAGAAAACCGGACGGGCACCUGCAGUGGAUGGCCAGCAGGGUGAGCGGCCUCCUGAGUGCAAGCAGCAGUAAAGAAGUGUCUCAAGGCUGGUUCUCCUGAUUGGUCUGAAGGGAAUGGGAUGGAGAAUUGGCUUAGUUGGUGUGGUGGUGCUUUUGUUGGCUUGAAGGGACAAAAUUUUGAUCUGUUUGCAAAUCUUGCGUGAUAUAUUAUUUAUUACUCGUAUGUUUGUAUUGUUUUUGCAAGUUACGUUACUAUUAUUUUGUUGGGAUUCAGAAAAUAGUUUGGUCGUCUCUUGUCAUCUCGUGAAGUAAAUUGUCUUGUUGGAGUCGAUCUGAUUGGAACAUUUGUAUUGUAGCUUCAUACUCUUAAUCCCUUUACUCCCCCAUUAUUUCAUCCAAGUGGAAUUUCGCUUCUUUUCUGAAUUUUAAGGUAUUAUUUUGUAAAGUCAAGUAAUCAACGUUGCUCCGAACUUGAUUUAUUCCUAUUUUACAUGUGUUGCCCGAACAAAAUUAAUGAGUUAUUACCUACU